AUGCUGAAUCUCUAUCAGAAUGUCUUCGACGCUUCAGCUACGAGAACCCAUUUUCAUAUAGCUGAGUUGUGGGUGGGCCGUUGGAUGGUAAAAGAUUUUCACGAAAAAUUCACUUGUGCUUCUCAUGUGAUGUUGGCUGCAGACGGUCUUCCACGUCAUCACGCUUGGACUGAAGAACGUGUUGUGUUCACUGCGAUCCUUAUCAGUACUUAUCUCUUCUCGCCCAUCGGUUUGCUUCUUUAUUUUCUUGCAGUCCACACGUACUUCGAACGAUUUGCUUCCACAGAGCGAAUUGACUGGAGAAAUCCUCAAAACUUGAAGAUGAAGAAGAUCGUUUCGGCUGUUGACUACGGUUUGUUAUCAAUGAAUAACGUUCGCUUUGGCGAUUCUCUCCCAGAAAACUUACGAAAGCUCUAUCGAACCAUUAGAGGGCUCGUUGGCGCAGUUAUGGGACUGACCGUCUUGAGCUUUUUUGCCAUAUAUGUCGUCUAUUGCUCAAUUUUUCAUCGCACAAAAUUAACCACCACGCCGGUAAAACCUCGAGGACCUCCGCAGUCCGUUCGAGUCCGUACGAUGCUAGCUUGCUGGAAAUCUACUAUUACACCUAUCGAACAGCGCGAUUGGAAAUGGAAACUUGAAUCUUACUGGUUACAAAUAUGCACUUUCAUUAUUUUCGUUCCGUGUGGUAUCAAUCCUUUGGCUCUAUUUCGUGCUUUGCAAGCCGAAUUUUCAGCAAGUUUAGGUGGAUCAAGCUCGGCCGGCUUCUUUCCAUUCGGCGAUGGAAUUGGAGUCGGCAGUCACAAGUAUGUCAAAGCUUAUCUACAGAGCCGUGAUCCGCUCGUGAUGAAAGAUUAUCAGUCGCUUGGCUGGUCUGUCUCGAGUUCACUCAUUAAAUACUGUAGUUUUACUCACAUCUUCUUUCCCAAUCCGAGCGAACCUACACACGAUCGUUACCUACUUAGUCGCAAGGUUAUUCAUCAGUGGCUGGCCGCGUUUCCACAUACUUUGACGAGUUUGAAGGAUUCGUGGGCUCACAAGAACACGGCUACGUAUCGAUAUCUGUUUCGUAUUGUUCCACGACAACCAAAUAGUGAACCCAACAAGGACAUGGUCUUUCUCGCUGUUGGUGAAACUCUCUUCUUUUUGGCCACUGGCGGUUCACUGACAUCUGACGAACGCAUUGCUUACUUGGAUUGUGUGAAAAAUCCAUUUACAUUUCUACCAGACUGGUUCAAUUUCUUGGUUGCUGGUAACUACAUGGAGAAUAUCGGCUACGCCAGUUAUGGAAAGAUACAAGCCGCCUUCGCUCGUCACGUGCAUGGUUCAGCUCUACAAGCAGCUUUCGAAGCGGCCGGUGAUCAAAUGACCAGGACCGAAGUCAUCCAACUGGUUACAAGCGCCUUUUGUUUAGGUGCAGCACCGGCACCAGCCAAGAUCACUGCUGACAUUGUCCAUCGAUUGUGGUCAGACCAAACGUAUAGUACAACUGCUGGAAAAGGAACAGCUCGGAAAGAGAAAAUGGUGGACGUCUUCUACGAAAAUCCACGCAAUUUCAUCAAGGAAACUGCCCGACUUUAUCCUGUCUUACCAAUGGUCAGUGUGCUUUCCAAUGAAAAAAUUGCGCGCGACGUUAAAACACACACUGGUGCCGAUAUACCACCGAACACACGCGUGCACUGUUCACUCUUCGAUGCUAAUACAGACCCGAACGAGUUCACGUCACCCAACGAGUUUAACCCACGACGAUCGAGUGCGGAAUUAGGAAAAAUCAUGUCGUGGAACGGAGCAGAAGGUGAUAUCGAAGCAGACAAGGAAGAAAUGCGACCUCCUCGUUACUGUCCUGGACACAAUCUAUCUCUAAGUGCUAUGGAAUUCGUCGCAUCUAGAUUUGCACCCGUGGUUACGACACGCAGCGCAGGAUCGCAAGAUCUCAUUUCAUCUGAGAGCAGCGAAUUACCCGUAUCCAAGACUAUGCGGGAUGCGAAGGUUAAAACAAAGAUACCACCAAAUGUUGAUGAUGAGAUUCAUCAUCCAGAUGACGACGAAUCCGAAGUGGUCAUUAUUAUGCGUGAGCUCUUCUGUCGAAAGCAUCUGGAUUUCAAAAGAAACAAGUACUACUUCGAUAGUCUGGACGGAUACACCAGGCUCAUUAUGAGAUUAUCCAAGUUAGCAUUAAGUGGCUGGAACGCGAAGCCACCCCGAGCCAUCGAUAUCCCCGAACCAGCGAACUUACCAGCACAGGAACUUCAUAUACAACGAAUCAAUGGCGGUAGAUACGUAGCCACAUGGGACGAAGAUGAUAAGUCUACGUGGCACUGUCACACUAAGCUUAUCAACAAGAUUCUGAAUGCUUCAUUUUGGCCUCUUGAAGAUCACGACUUACAAUUCAACUCUGUUGAAGAUAUGAUCUCUUGGCGGUGUACGCAUUUCCCUAGCAUGCCUCCACCUAACAAUCCCCAGUGGUACGGCGAUAGCGACGAGCUAAUGAGUCGCUUCGCCUUCUUUGGUCUCGCAUGUCAUCAUACGCGGAAACUCCAACCGAAUAUCGAUAGUAUGGAACUGUACACUGCAACUCUUCGACAUCCAAUACUCAAAUCAGCUCGCUACGUCAAUGACAUGACCGGUCUGUCGUUGUUUGCUGUUCGAGCUCCAUUCGAACGAUACGGUGCCGCUGCCUAUUUCGAUGGUCAGCGCCGCUUGAUUGGUAUUUAUCUAUCGGAACGUAAUGAACUCAUCAUGCCGUUGAGACGUUCGCGAGGCUUCGAUAAUGACUGGACCUAUGCAAAAUACAUGUGGCGAUCAUCGGCUUUAGCCAUGGUCACUAUAAGCGACCAUUUGCUUACAACGCACUUUAUUGAAGCCAACACUCUUGCCACUGUAUCACGACAGUGUCUUCCUGCCGCUCAUCCUCUGCGUGUUUUUCUAAAGCCAUUCACGUACCGCACGGUAACAAUCAACUAUUCGGCAGCCACCUCGCUUGUCAGUCCAGGUGGCCUGUGUCACAGAAUUUGGGGAUUCGAAUAUGAUGAGUUUCUGAAAGUGUGCGAUUAUGUCAUUGCUCACUAUCGAUUUCGUACGAUGCCCGACUGGAUUCCUGACAGCAUGAAACUGGAGAACAAUCGUCGAUCAAAAACUGUCUUCGACAAUCACAAGUGCGCAGAUAAAAGUGCCCAAGAGUAUGCCGGAAUACCAAAAUGUCCAGGCUGUGGUUAUGAUUUGACGAAAGCGACUGAACUCCAGAAUGGCUUUCACGAAGAUAGUGAAACGAGCGUCCUAUCUGAUGUAGAUGAAGAAGAGUCUGAAUGGAUUCAAAACUAUCCGAUUGCAAAAGAUUUGCCCGCCUUCUGGAAAGUUGUUCGCGACUACGUCAAACGAUUCUUCGAGAUUGAAUAUGGCAAAGAGGCACCGCAUCACGAUGAUCAAGGUGACGAUGUCACUUCUCAGCGUCCGUUCAUGAAUGAACCUUGCGAGCAACGAUUUAUCUCUGAGCUCUGUAAACCGCUGGGACUCAAUGGCAUUCCGAGUCGUGCAUUCCUAAUUGAUGUCAUCACCCAACUCAUUUGUGCAUGUACUGGCAUUCACGAACAUGUUGGACACGUUGGUGAUUAUCUCUAUGAUCCUUCUUUCAUCGGAACGAAAUUGAGACGAGAUCUUCCAUCGAUGCUACCAUCCGUACAAAACUUUUCCCUCAUGCUUGUUUUGACGGUCUUGACUGCAUUAAGAAUGCCUGGCCUCAUGGAAGACUGGAGCCAUCUGAUUCCACCCAUGGCUACGGAUAAUCAAGACGGCGCAUUGCAGCCAAUUACCACAGAAGAUCAGGUUCAGUCCCAUCUUGACAACUAUCACUUGUUCAAGCACCAGCUUACUGAACUGAUGGAGCAGAUCGAUGCACGUCAUCAUGAACCAGGCGUAUUUCCGUUUGAAUCGUUUAAUCCAGGUUUUAUGGAGUGCUCCGUAUCGGUUUAA